CGUGAAUGUCUCACACAGCCAUGCUUCCUCUCUGUGUCAGUUUACUCCUGAUCUGUAUACUUAAAAAUGAUUUCAUGGGGUCAUCCUAUGGUAAGUAAAGUAAAUGUGUAUCUGCUUCCUCUGAUUAAUAUUCUUAGCUUUAUACUAUCAGAGUUUUUUGCUAAAAGUGAGAAUUCAAAGUGAAUUUCAAAAUAGGCGAACCACAACAAUUCUUUAAUUCAGCUCCGCGGUCAGCUCCUCUACUGUGUUCUUAAAAUUUUAAUUCACUUUGAAUUCUCACUUUAGUGAACAACUCUGUACGUAAUGUAACGAUACUGCACAAGAACCUGAACUCAGUUGCCCACAAUUCUACAUUUGCUCAUCAGUCAUUUAAAGCUAUUUAAAGGGGCAUUAACUCCAACAUAGUCUGUCACGUUUAUACCAUUAUGAUUUAAAGUGAGUAAGUAACAGCAAAAAAGAAAAAAAACUAUUAUAAAUGAAGAUAGGAAAGAAAAGCAAACAUACUAUCUAAGGAGAUGGAGGGACAUUUCAUUCUGCAAAUACUUUGUUUGCCAAUAUAGAUUGAGUUGAAAAUGUAGUGAAACAUAUUGUACCCAACGUUUAGUCCCCGUGUUGGUAGGACAGGUAAAAGUCCCUUUCAGACUUGUAAAUACAAUGUGUUUGUAAGAUAUGGUUUCAUUUUGUAAUCUAGUUAGAUAGCUAGAUAACAUUUUUCGACUGCGAGUGACAGUUGAAAUUAAAGUUGUUUUAUUAUUAUUUUAUGUAUAUAGUGCCAACAUAUCCUGCAGCACUAUGUAAAGGGUGGAGAGAACACUAAAGUAAAUGAGGCCUGCUUAAUCGGACUUGCAGAUCCAAGAAGUGGAGCCAAAAUAUUGACUUGGCUUUAGCAUUAUAAUGAAAUAAGGUCUAAAAUGGUACUAUAAUAUUUAGGAUGGAAGCAGGUUUACUUCAGCAAACCAUCUAUGGUAUGCAGUUGGGGACAGAAUAAUAUGUACCUUUUCCUAUAAACUGGCAUUGGGACCCAAUUUGGCAUUUGGGACGCAACUAGCAGUUAAGAAACACAGAUAUAGAGGAAGGUACAAUGUAUAUUGCAAUGAUCUAAGAUUAAUUCAAAAUUGUACUUUUAACACAUUAAACUUAAGAGGCUGACAAUUUCCCAGAGCACCUGCCUUGCGAAGACUUCUCAUUGAGCUACAUUGAGAAGUCUGUGAUUGAACAGCCACAGAAAGUCUGGGCACGGUUAGAAGGGGAGGGCUUGGAAAAGUUUCAGACAAGAGAUCUGCAGCUUUUGCAGGCUAUUUUAGAUAUAGCCCAAUGAAAAAAUGCAUAAUUAAAUGUUUCAUUGGGUGUUGAUCUACUAAACAUUUAUUAAUAUUUAUUUUGGGCAGUGGAGUAUAUUUUUAAUUGAGGUGAUGUAUGGAUCAUGUUCUGCAGUCUGAGUGCUUAAUUGUCUGCCAUUUAAGAGUUAAAUUACUUUCCUUAUACCACACUAGUCACAACUACCCCAGCCUUAAUGAAAACAAAAUGCCUAAAUUAAUAAUUGAGCAUUGAGACUGUGGGGGUAUGAUCUAUACACCAAAACUUCUUAAUUAAGCUAGACAUGUUUUAGUGCUUAUUUAAUAUGAGUAUUCCUUUAACAUGUCAUGAUUCCCUUUUAUUCCAGAAGUUUGGUCCUUAAGGGGUUAAAUCAGGCUUCCCCAAACUCCAGCCCUCUAGAUGUUGCUAAACUACAACUCCCGUGAUUCUAUGAAUGAAAUAGAUAGGCUGAGAAUCAUAGGAGUUGUAGUUCAGCAACAUCUGGUGGGCUAGAGUUUGGGGAAGCCUGCUUUAAAUGGAGGGCAUGAUGUGCAUUUAAUGUUAAAGACUCGGUCAUAUACAGGUUUAUUCAUAGAAAUAUAUGAGGGGAACCUCUCAGAGGAGAUGGGGACACAAGAGAGCAUUUGGCAUAGAAGACUUGGCAUGUGUAUGAAAAUGCUCUCUAAGCCCUUGUUAUGUAUUUGAGCGAGAUGGCCAGCUUAAAGCAGUGUUUUUUUGUAAAUUGUUGCCCUUAUAAGCACUUGAUCUACUUACAGAUUUGUAUAGCCUUGCUUUUCAGUGGAACAGAUAUUAUCAGCUAUCAGUAAUAGAAUGCAAGGACACAGGAAUAGGGGAGCUUUUUGCACCACAGCCUAGGCAUGGCACACAGUAAGUUGCAGUGUGUAGAAUUUUCCUUUAACAACGUGCAUAGUAUCUCAUAAAUUUGGAGAUGUGUUUAUUUACAAACUGCAACUUGUCCGAAUUUGGAACAAUCGAGUUCUUGAAUUCUUGAACUCUGAGCCAAAAUAUAUCUGAAUCCUUCGGUUUGAGGUGUAAUGUGGAAUUCUGCAAGAGGUGCCAAAAAAAAAAAAGAGAGAUGAUUGAUGGGUUCCAAGAUGAUUGAUGGUGAUUUUAUUCACAGAGAUCACAGAAAUGACCAACAGAGGGAUCAAAACGGAAGAACAGUAAAAUAAAUCUAUAUAUCUAAAUAUAUAUUAUAUAAAUAAAGAUAUUUUAAUGCUCCGUCUAUUUUUACCUCUGUUGGCUACUUUUUCUCACUUGAAUUUUGAACCAAAUGGCAGGAAAAUAUUUAUAUUUAUAUCAUAUAUUUUUCAGUUUUUGAUUGGCCCAUUUUAACUCCCUUUUGGUUCAUCUGAUUAAUUUCCAUGAAUCCGUCCCAAAGUGGUUCUACAAAAACGGACCUGUCCACCUUGCACAUGACAUAUGCAUAGUUGCCUUUUCCGGCAUAUGCUUAACAAACCCCCAAAACACCCAAAGAUACUCAGACACCUUCAUUUGGGAAAGUUAUCACAGCUUUAAUAAUAUAAAUAGUACUUAAUAGUUUUAAAGGUCAUUGUCCACAUAUUAAACAUAACAUAACACCCCAACUCCUUUAACAAUACUACCCCAGACAAUGACGCACAUCACAAUAAGUAAAACCACAUUAUAACAUAUAAUUAACAUAUAAAUAUAACCAUUGCCCCUGAGGGCAUGGUUUCCAAGGUUUUUCCAUGUAGGGGUAUACCGAGAUACACCAAUGAGCUUGAACUUACCAAUACCCUUCCAAACCUAACUGUUCUUAGCAAACUAAACUAUUUUACCACAGGACAAACAUACACUCCAACUUAUCUAUCCAUUCCUCGUUGCUGUGACCAAAUGGGAGCUAAAUUUAAAAAAGGGGGGGGGAGAGUGGGACAAAACAGAUAAGCGAGGAUUAAUUAAGAUGGCCCCUAAUUUAAAAUGGCCACUAUAUAUACUCCUCUAGCCAAAACCCCACCUCCCAUAACACUAGCCAAUCUCCCACACUACACCCCUUCUAUGCCUGUCUCCUAGCCAAGUCAAGGCCCAUUCCCCUUAGCUGCGCUGCUCCAUGGGCUACAAGUCUAGUGUCUCACAAGUCCUCCAGCACCAGAGCAUUCACUACCUGUAUUGUAUAAAGAAUAAAAUCUUUCACAAGUUCUAAAAUAAAAUGAAUCGUGACCCAAAAAGUUAAUGGUUGUGGUGGAGGCAGCAGUAGGAAAUCCCCAUCCCCAAAUUCUUUACAUGGAUUAUCCAAGUUACUUUCACAUAUGGCAGGGUUAAAUAUAUAAAGUAAUUUGGGGGGAUUUUAUUGUUACCAAUAGAAAUUAAAGUCCUACAGAACAGAUCACCUCAGACACGUAAUCUCUCAGCUAAUUAAGACUGUACAAUUUGUUGAUUUGCUUUGCAUGAAACUUUUUCAAUUUCAAUAUGAAUUAGCAUACAAUAUGAAAAGCUUGAUAGACCCUGAUGCUCUGUUCCUGCAUGUUGGAUGACACAUGCAGUUCUGGUUAUGUUAAUUGCAGUUGUGUAAAAUGUGUGGUUUCCUUUCCGACUAGGGGUCUGCAAAAUGUGUAAAAUACAGAGCGUGCAGAUUGCUCAAGAUUUUCCUAUGUUUAACAUAACGUUUAAACACAUUAAUUGUACUUUAAAUGGAGGUGAUAGAUCUAUUCAGUGAAAACUAACAAGUAUGAUAUGUUUAGGACUGUGUAACAUGCAAACAAUUCUAACUGUUUUAGAAAGUCUAUAUUUGAAUAUAUUCUUUUUUUUGUUUUUUUUGCAUAAUAUGAACCUUGGGAAAAGUAGCCCAAAAAGCAUGGUGAGUGAAUGGAGAAAGGGAGGGACUAAAUCAUUGGUCUAUUCCAUAAUGACUAGUGCGAUAUUGACAACAGGCUGAUUAAAAAUAUAAAUAAUGCAGUAGAAUUUUACAUAAACUAAAUCUAUAAAAUAUUUAUUAGGGAGGGAAAAUGGUUCAUAAUAGCCAUAAUAUUAAUUUAUACCUGCUAAUGGGCUAUCAUUCUCUGAACUUUAACCUAAAAAAGAACAAAUGCAAUCAAAUUCAAGGGUUGUAAUUAAUACCAAGUUGCAGCACAUUUAUCUGGAAUGGAUAAUCGUAACAAUUUGUAAGACUUUUGUAUCCAAUAAAAUUAUAUUGGAAGUAACUUAUUAGGGCUCAUCAAUUAUACUUGGAAGGAGUCAUCGGCAGCUCUGACACGGGUAAAUGUAGUAUUAAUGGUAGUACUGUAAUGAGUAUUAAGCCGAGAGAAAACCACUGAAUAAUGUUACUAUCUCAUCUCAUCCGAAAUGAUCUCAUGUUCGAUUCAAGACUUUUGUCUUUAUUCACUAAAAGGAAUCACUAUGACACGCACCCAAUAAAUUAAGUAAAAAUCCAAGUAUUGCUAAUAUGUAUAUUUAAUACAUUAACAACAAUUAACUGGAGUCUCCUUAAUGUUGGAUCUUCCUGAUCACCAUAGUGGAUAAGGAGAUGCAGAAAGCAGCACCCGGUGGAGCCAGAGAAAAAUAAAAUAUUUGUAAAAAUAAAAUUAAACUUUUAGUAAAAUGUUUACAUUGGGACGACACUAUGGCACUCCAUGCAACAAUCACUACAGUGGUUAUGGUGCUUUAAGUGUUCCCUUAAGCUUAUAUAAGUUGUUACGGGGACAGGAGUGUUCAAGUGCCUUCCAUUUGUCUGGGCGCUGAAGCCUCAACUAUGGGGUUUAACCAUUGCCAAACAGUAUAACCCCUGAAGGUAAGAAGAUACUUGGGCACUGCUGCCCACAACUUCAGUUUAAAGUCUAUAUGACACUAUCUGGCUGAUUCCUUUUCAUUAUUAGAGCUUUGUAUUGUGAUGGCCAUGGUAAAUAACUACCUGAUUCUCAUGAUCAAGGAAGUAGAGUGGGGAAAAGUGUUGCAUAUAAGUAAAGAGUAGGCCUGAUUACAGCUGACACAUUUGGUUCAAUCAAAUUGAUUCAAUUAAUAAUAAUAAUAAUAAUAAUAAUUGUUUCUGGCGGUUCAGGAUAUGUUUCAGUUCAAAUGUCUAUAAAUUCAUUUCAUGACAAACUAUUUGGACAAACCAAAAGGGUGAGAAAAAAGGGCAGUGUACUCCAAAUAUAAAUACUAUGUAUAUAUUGCGCAGUACACAGAUAGGCACAUUUUGCCGACAUUUGGUUAACACAUCAAGUGAGAAGAAGUAACCAAUAGAGUGUAUAAUAUAAUAUAUAAAUAUAAUAUAAUAUAGUAUAUAAAUAUAGACUUUUAUUGCUCCUCUUUUUCCCCCUCUAUUUGUCACUUUUAACUUGAUCUGUGGAUUAAAUCAGCAUUUAGUGAGUUUCCCCUAACAAUCAAUGUUUUUUCCCUCCAUCAAUCAUCUAGGUUUUUUUUUUUUGGGGGGGGGGCCACAGUUGCAACUCUGUUUAUAGAUUCGUUCAUACAACGAUUAGGAUUUACGUAAUUUAGAUGACUGACUGAUCACCCAAAAUUCAGACAAGUUGCAAUUCGUUUGAAAUCAAGUGCAUCAAACAAGUCUAUCAAACAACAAUAAGAGAAUAAAAUGUAUAUGCUCGAUGAGCAAGGAUUUUUUUAAUGAUAUUAAAAUACCCUAUAUAUUGCAUUUCAUUCAAUGUAUAUCCCAACAGUCCCAGAUCUGGAGGGUACUGUUCCAAUUUCGAGCUCUGCGUUUAGACUGUAAACAGUCACCUCAUUAACUGAAUAUUGGAGAUGUUUAGCCACAAUUAAUUCUUUAUCAACCCAUUAUACAAACCGACAGAAUCCUUUAGUUUUCUAUACAUUAUAAUAAAAGCAAUACUUUCUCUCUCUCUCUCUCUCUCGCUCUCUCUCUCUCUCUCUCACUCAUAUAUAUAUAUAUAUAUAAUGAGAUAUAAGAGAUCAUAUAGUCUUUUAUUUAUAAUAUAAACCAACUUAAUUCUUAUUGCACUUCCUGCUAUCUGCUGGUCGAUUUCCAGGACAAUGCUAUCUGCCAAUUUUUUUAAACUGCUUCCAUUUGAUAAUCAUUUUAUUUAAGUUCAAGGGUUCAAGAUGGCAGCAGUUCAACCUGGAUUUCCCAGAAACAUCAGCACAAACAAUGAGAAGGUCAAGGCAGCCGCACGGGCGACUGUUAAUAAGUACAACAAUAUGUCCAAUGAUAAAUUUCUGUUCAAAGAACUGGAGAUACAACGAGCAAUGAUACAGGUAAACCUGUCCCUCGAGACCAUCAGCUUUGUUCAUAUAAAACACUGAAUGCCACAAUUAAUCUUACAUUUCCUUUUAACACAGAUUGUGAAAGGGACAAAAUACAUGUUACAGACCAAGAUAGCAAGAACAGUGUGCACGAAAAAUGAAUCAGUAGAUCUGGACAACUGUGAUAUUCAAAAAGACAAUACCCUCAAAAAGGUUCUGUAUGUCACUCUGCAUGCAUUGUUUUAGGGCAGGGGUAGGCAACCUAUGGCACGUAUUUCAUGCACAGCACUCGAGGUGUCUUUGCACGGCACUCAAGGCUGCUAGAGCCACACAGGCUCUGGCCUAUCAGGAGUCCCAGAUAUCUGCUAACACGAAAAGGUGGUGAAGGACAAUUCUCAAUUUCUGCAUUGCAGCACAUAGAGGAAGUGAUCUUAGGUCACUUUCUCCCAGCACUUGUGAAUGGGAAUCCACACUGUUGUAGCUCCUCUCCUUGACAUGUACCUGGCCAGCCUGGUCCCCGCUGGAACCCAGGGAAGCUACUCACACUGUGUAGAUAUACACAGAAAUGCAGAAUAACCCUCCCCUCAUGCAAAUAAUACAAACAGCCCACACACAAACACAACACACAAUCCGCACAAACUCAACACCACUGACAAUCCACAUACAUGCACACAACCCCACAUGCAGCCUCUCACAUGCAAUAAACCAAAUUGCCCCACACAUACAAACACUACCAAACACACAAUGUGACAAAUCCAUCUACACACACAAUUAUACAAGCAGCCCCCAUACACAGCCCACAUUCAUAGGUAUCUUACACGAUACCCACAAACUACUCAUGAACAUAUAAAAUAUAAUAGCUUAUUGUAAUGUAUCACCUGGCACCCCGACUGGGUACUUCCGUUGAAGGAUGCUCCUAGCGCUUCCUGAGGGCUCCAAGCACUCCAGCCGACACCAUAACCACCGUAGACUCCUUCAGAGAGCAAGACAGGAACAAGCUCUUACAAGAGCUUAGUAGUGAUUUAGCAAGGGAGUAUGACUAGCAUAGCAAUCCCUUUUAGCAGAUUCCCCCAAUAGGAGACAGGACCCUAGAUUGAGGGUGAAGUAGAACUGAAGCUUUUAAUCAAACACUCUGCUUUUAUGCACAUUUUACACACAUAGUACUGCCCACAGGGUUUUGCAAAACAACCAAUCAAUACGUACAAAACACUCAGACACUCCCACACAAAAUCCUCCCCUCUGCCUGUGAUAUAAUUACUGAAUACAAUGGUCUAAUAUAAUAAUCACAGGCAGGAAAAUACACAGUUUUACACAAUAUUCAUAACUCUAAAAGUAUACAUCACAUUCACAUUAAAAUUUCCAGAAUCAGCAUACUCCAAAUACAAACAUACUUUAAAAUCAUACAUAUUGGUCCAGUGGGUCACAAGUUAGUUGGAAAUCCCUUUGUGACCGCCUGCAAGCAUGGUUUGGGUGUGGUAAGCCAAUUACCUCCAGCAUACAGAAAAUAGCUCUAUUCACACCAACAGUAAAAACACAUAAAAAUACAUAAUUCCUAUUAUACCUAACAGAACCCCCACAUUCAACCUAUCCCCAGAUAGCUUGGAUCUGAACGCUCACUAUAUCCAAACAGUGCUCAGAUACCACAAACACAGUCAAAUCGCCAUGGGGUUAAACCAUAGCAACAAGUUCUAACUGGUCUGACAGUAUCCCUGGGACAACGUCCUGCUGGAGAACAAUAGACAGGAAACGGGGGAGGGGCACACCUUCUCAUGUAUUCAAAGGGGCAGAAAAAGUGUUUCAAAAUCCAAUAAGCCCAAAUAAUGUCCUUAAAGGGCAAUACAUCCCAGGGGCCAUAGUCACAUGGCAGGAGGCCGGCAAUUAGUCUUCUCCAAUGCCCAGUGGCGAGGUCGGUUUCGCCACACUCAUAUACACACAAAUACAAUGAUAAAAAGCAACUACGGUAUAAACAGCACAAGCAGAAUACGGCAACAUAAACACCUCGAUUUAAAAAAAAAACAAAAAGACCGGCAGGCUAUGGGACGUGGCUCUCACGUUAGUAAGAAUUCCUUUUUCUGCACAGUAGUAUAGAAACGCUAAGGUUCAUGUUGCAUACUAAAUACACAACGAUACAUAUCACUAAAACUUUGGGAAUGCUUGCUUUUAAACUGAAAUUUCCAAUACAUUAAAGGGAGAUAAAGGUGUUUGGGAUCAUGAGAGAAAGUGGAGAUCAGAGAGCUAAAUCAUUCUUGCUUGGCAAGGUAGAGGGCAGAAGUAUAGGAACGUAAUGUAGGAAGUCAGGUGUGUUGCGGAACUCUCUCCGACAAUGUUCUACAGGACAGGAACUUUGCUGGAGAUCGCAAAUAAGAAAGUGAGUUUUCCAACUAGGGUUGAAAGCAUGGCUGGCGCUUUCAGUGAGCAUGGACUGGAGAAGAUAAAUAGCAUAGAACAAUGGAGCUUAGACUUCUAACAGUCAUGAGCUAGAUUUAAGAUGUUGAGUGAAGUGAGGGGCACAUUGACAGUGCAGAUGAAAAGAUGGUGGUCAAACAGAGGGAAAGGUUGUAUUAGAGGUGUAAUAUAUAUAAAACAGGACCUGUGGAUGGGUGAGGAGAGUGUGUUUUACUGAGGCUGUCAAAGAAAUGAUAUUAGAGGGUCACAGAGGAUGCAUAGCCUUCUAAAAAUGUCCAAUCUACUGUUCCUCAUAGAGGAGCAUUGGGGACCUGAUGCACAUGUGCAACAACCACCAAACACACAUAUAUAAUUUCCUUAUGGGUAGCAUUGAAAAAAAGGUUUAUGGGUGCUGCUGUCACGUGACUUUUACUUUGUUAUUGAAGCAGGAAGUGCCUAUACUGGCUGUCAGUAUGACAGUCACUGGAGGUGUGUUUAGCCCUGCAAAGUAAAUAUUUUAUCUAAAUGAAGUGGCCUGGUUGACUUCAGCGGUCCUUUAGUUGGUUAACUUCACACACAUGCCUACACCCACAAAUCACAUGUACAUCUGCAUUCAUACAUAUAUUUACAUUGACACAUGUGUCCCUGCUCUGCAGUGCGUAGAGUAAGCUCAUCAUCACACAUGCUUGUAGUUAGGCUCAGUGGUAGAAAGAGGAAUUUAGGCACUCCAUUAUCUUCAAAUGUAUUUAUAAGGAUAAGUGAGACACUGCAACGUUUCGACUCCUGAAAGGGUCUUUGUCAGGGGUCGAAACAUUGCGGUGUCUCACUUAUCCUAAUAAAUCAAAAUGAAGAUACUUGGAGUGCCUGGAUUCUGUUUCUACCACUGAUAUCUACUCCCUGGGGCUGGUACUGGCCCUUGGUCCAGUUUGGCACCCGGAUCUUCACGAUUGGAGUGUGGUUCGUUUUUUUUCUUUCUUUCUGCAUGUACUCAGAGCACUAAUGGCUUUAAAAAUACAUAAUUUUUUUAAAUGUUUGUUAUGAAAAUGUUGCUGUUUCCGUUAUACUGUUUUUUUGUUUAUAAAAUAACUGCACAUUUAAAAAAUUUAAUGAAUACAAAUACAACAAAUCUAGAUAAUCAUGCAUGUUUGGAAGCAUUGAGAUGUCUAUUUAUCUUUCCAUAGGCAUAUUCCUGUUAUUCUGAGGUUUGGAAUAUUACCUGGAUGCACGUUAUCAAAGUACUUGUUCUUCAUUGUAAGGAGAUCCCAGACACACAGCUUCUGAACUACAGCGGAGCGUCUAUCUUCUGGGAAAGAGAUAGUAAUCUGGUUUAAAGCAGACUGAUCAUGGGUUGUUUUUUUUCUCUCCUGUUUUUUCUUUCCUUAUGCCCCCUGCAUCUUACCUAUUAUACUCCCUUUAUUGCCUUUAUUUAUAUUUAUUUUUUACAUUGUGCUGAAUCCUAAUAUCAGGGUGCAGUCCUUCUGUGGGAUUAAUUUUACAUAGGUUUGUGGGUAAAUAUGAUUGGUAACUAGAACCACGUUGCAUUAAGCUCGGGGCGGGCUGGGACGGGGGGCAGGGAGGCAAUUGCCCCCAGGGCAGUCUGCAUCCAGUAAAAAAAGUUAAAAUAGAAAUCCCCUGCCUCUGGCUGGGGACAAGGAUUUUUCAACUUACCUCACUCUUCCUGCAGCCUGCAGCCGGUAGUGUCAGCCAGCCUCUUCCUGAUGAUGUCAGGAUGAUGGUGAGUCUGGGAGAAGAGCAGAGGAAGUCACACCCCCUCCUCCUGACUUUAUCAGGAGAGGACAAUUUCACUGACUGCUGCUGCUGUAUGCUGGUUGCUGCUCCCGCUGGCUGUUGCCCACCACUCCCUGGUCUAAGGUAAGACUCAGGGAAGGGGGAAUACACUCUAGGUUUUUUUUACCCCCUCCUCAGCCCCUGUCCCUCCUCCUCAGCCCUGUCCCCUUACUCAGCUCCUGCCCCCCCUACUCAGCCUCUGCCCCCCCUUCGCUCAGCCCUUGCCCCCCUUCACUCAGCCCCUGUCAUACCUCCUCGGGCCCUGUCCCCUUACUCAGCCACUGUCCCUUUCCCUUAUCUCAACCACUGUCCCUUUCCCUUAUCUCAGCCCCUGUCCCUUUCCUCAGCCCUGUCCCCUUCCUCAGCCCCUAUCCCCUUUCUCUGCCCCAGUCCCCCUUCCUCAGCCCCUAUCCCCUUUCUCUGCCCCUGUCCCCCUUCCUCAGCCCCUAUCCCCUUUCUCUGCCCCUCCCCUUCCCCACCCCUUCCUCAGCCACUGUCCCCCCUCUCAGCUCCUGUCCCCACCCUUUCUAAGCUCCUGUCCCCCUGCCUCAGCCCCAUGCCUCCCCACCACAGCCCCCAUAACAUCCCCACUACAGCUCCUCUCCCCCAAUUGCAACCCAUAUCACCCACACCACAGCCCCUUUCAUGUCUGUUUAGGUGAAUGCCCCAUCCUUUCAAUCACAUGGGAAAGGUGUUUUUACUCUCCUCUUGGUGCAAUGGGCCACUUGACUGGAUUUGCCCCCCAGGCCUAAGGUUGCCAGCCCUCCCCUGAUUAAGCUCCACUCAUUGUCAAGUUUAGUCUACCUGCCUGUUAUACACAAGGAAAUGUAGGGACUAUUUUUCUUAUUUAGUUUAUGAAAAUUAGAGUACUUCGGGAAAAAUAAAAAAAACCUAGUCACAUGGAGUUACAUAGAAGCAGAUUUCUGGUUACAGUGACGCUUUAAUAGUCUCUUGAUGUCCGAUGAGUUUACAAAUUAAUGCAAAGCAAUGGCAAAUGAAAAAUAUGAAGCCAGGUGACACACACUUUUCAUUUAGCCAAAUAUUUUUAAUAAGGAACACUGUACAUGUCUAAUGCAUGUCUUUAAAGUGUGGUAUAUACAACACCGGACACACACACACAAAAAACCAUAUCCACCAUGAAAUGCAUUAAACUAUUGUAACAAUUACUGACCACGGUUUUUGAGAAUGAUGGCAAGCAAAAAGACAAUAACUGGAGGAAUCGUGUCCAAUCCAGGCUUAUAUGUUCCUAAACCAUAUCAGUUGAUAUAGUACAUAUACUAAAAGGAAUACAGAAUAUCUUAAAUAAUUUAAAACCGCAAAGGAAAAAUAUUACAUUUGUUUUUUUCGUUUUUUUACUGAAACAUUACAUCAUUUGAUAUGUAAACUGAAAUGUUAAGAAACGUCCUAAGUGACAUUAAGAGCAGAAGGAACGUGCAGAAAUAGAU